AUGCGUCCAACGGGUCUGAUGAUAAUAUUGGGAUUGGUCCAAUCAACGCGACAGAACUUGGUCAGCACCGCGCAGGGAUUGGUGCGAGGCGUGGCGCGCGAUGGCUAUGUCUCGUACGUCGGCAUACCUUACGCGUCUGCUAAUGUGACGGGCCGCUUUAAGAGAGCGGGUUUAGCUCCAGUUUGGAACGGUAUAAGGGAAGCCAAUGACCCGCGAUGCAUGGCCAGUUCACAAGUGGACAAAUGUUUGCAGCUGGACAUCCACGUAUCGACAUCUGAUGGAUACCCCUGGCCGGUAUUGGUAUGGGUGAAAGGAGGUAACGGAUUUUAUCACCCCGGUAAAUUAGUCAGACAGGGUAUAAUAGUGGUUAUCGUCCGUCAUCGGAUGGGGGCACUAGGAUUUUUGUGCACUGAACUCGAUCAAAUACCUGGCAACGGAGGGGUGAAGGACGUAGUUCUAGCGCUACGCUGGCUCAGGGAUAACAUUGUAGCGUUUAAGGGCAACCCGAACAAGGUGGUUGUUGGGGGGGAAAGUUUCGGUGCUGCGAUGGUCGAGACCUUAAUGCUCUCGCAGAUGUCGCGAGGUCUGUUCCAAGGCGCUAUAAUGCAAAGCGGCACAGCACUUAGCCCGUGGGCGUUUAACUAUGAUGCGCUUUUACGUACAAACGCCCUAAAGGAGGCGUACAAUGACGACGACAACUUUCCAGAUAUGUUAUUUGAAGCAAAUCUUGAAGACUUGGAGACGAAAACGGGGCAACUGGAAAUGCCCUAUCUCCCGUUCGCAAUUUGUGUCGAGAGAUCGUUCAAGAAAGAGGAGAGACUAUUGGCGGAGCCUCCUUAUGAACUGCUAUCCGAAGGAAAGACCACUCCUGUCCCCCUAAUAAUCGGAUAUAACAAUAAUGAGGCGUAUAUAUUUGCAUCCGUUUUUGAAAAAGGCAAUGUUUUAAAAAGGCUCUCCGACGACAUGACGUUUCUGAUUCCGACAGAGUUUGGAGACAUGAGCGCUCGGGAACUAAAUCAGACACGAGAAAAAAUUAAACAGAAUUAUUUUAGAAAUAAAAACUUUAGUACUACCUCAUUAUUGGCGUACCACAGCGACGCAUACUUCAUAAACCAUAUCCACCGGAGCGCUCGUCUGCACUCCUCCGCGUCGCCAUACCCGGUGUUUUACUACCAGUUCUCUCAUUCGGGUGAAACGGGAGUCGAACCUGAGAGCGGAAUGGACAAAGUCGGAGCCGCCCAUUCCGACGAACUUUCCUACUUGUUCCCCGAGAAUGGACGCAGCCUCGCCGGCGACGACGGCAAAGUUCAGGAAAAUCUGGUAGCGCUUUGGUCGAACUUCGUCAAACAUUUAAAUCCCACUCCACAUUCGGAGGAUGCUGUACUUUGGGAGCCGGUGGAUUAUCAACAGCCUCGGCUGCUGAACAUCGCGAUGGAGACAGAGAUGAUAGACUACCCGCACGAAAAAGCAUCGGAGAUGUGGGAUGAAUUAUACGAGAAGUACUACACGCGGAGGAGGAAGGAUGUC